CACAAAAUGGCAACCUUAAUGCCUAUGUUUUUUUUCAAACGUUCAGAUUUGUUUUUAUUUAUUUUCGAAUUAUGAUGUGACAGGUAUUAAAUAAAUUGUAGCGUCUUGAAUGGAAGAUUUUUCAUUGAAAUAAUUUUAAAGUUGUUAAUGUUACUCUAAUGGAUAUUUUAAUAUGGCUUUGGAUGUAAUCCAAAGUGACGGAUGCUAUGUGUCUUCUAGUUUGCCAAAAGCACUCUUUAUACCAGCCCCUUUUAAACAGCACAAAGGUAGAAGGGAAAACCAAAAUACGAAUGUUUUGUAUUUUAAACCUGAAAAGAAAAAAUUAGAUGGAAGAAGGAGAAGUGCAGUUAUUGAGGAUAAUGGGUGUUUGCCAGUUCCUGGGCGGCAGCAUUUGUCAAUCCAGACUGAUCUGUAUUUAGAAGAAUUGUGUGAUGUGAUAGAAGAAACUGAUGCAGAAUGUGAAACUGAUCCUCUAUUGGAUAGACCUCCAUCACCCCUCUUUAUUCCUGCCAAAUCAGGUCCUGAUGUUGCAACACAAAUUUAUCCUGGUGAAUUGUUUGAUUUUGAUGUUGAAGUGGAGCCUUUACUUGAAGCUUUAGUUGGACAAACAUUAGAGCAAGCUGUGAUCGAAUUAAUGGCUGAAGAGGAGCUUGCUAUUUUGGCAGAUAUGCAAAUGGAUUUUGAGGCUAGAAGAAAUGCUGAAUUAGCUGAAAUGAAACGACUUGAAGAGCAAGAGCGAAGGCUUUUUGAAGAAAGGCAAAGAAGAUUAAAAGAGCAAGAAGAAGCUAUUCAGCUGGAAGAUGAAGUAGCCCAAAAGAUAGCUGCUUGUAUUUUUGCUCAGAACUACUUAACAGAACUAGUACCUCAAGUAUAUAAGAAACUGGAAGCUGAAGGCUAUUUUGAAACAGAAGAUCCUGAUAUUAAAGAGGUAGAAGAAGACUUUUGGCCAUGGCUGAUGAAUGAAGUUGAUUCUGAAAUUGCUACUCUAGAAGCAUCUUGCAAACUUUUGGACACAAUGUUAGAAGAUACUGUGGUAGAAGUGGCAGAAACAUCUGUAAUAUACCCUGUUGUUCCAGACACUUAUCUAGAAGAAGUACAAGUGCUAUCAACUACAGAUUUACAAGACCUCAAGAUUUCAUCAGAAAACAUUGAAUCUGAAAUUCCAGUCAUAGGCAGUGACUUAUCUGGUGCUAGUACAGAUGAAGAUGAAAAAUAAAAACAUUUAGAUAUUUCAUUUGUAAAUAUUUUAUAUGUUAUUUGUAAUUCUGAAAAUUACAUUUCUUUGACAUAAUGCUUAUUUUUUAAUGUUACAAAAUAUUUUAUAUGUAAAAUAAUCAAUUAUAAUACUUUUCCAACCAAAA